ACUCCCAAGAAUUGAUACCACUUUCUUCAUUAUAAACACAUCACAAAAGAAAGUUGCAUAGCACCAUGAAUUUAUCUAUUAUACACAAGUUUAUAACUUUCUAAUAAAGUAAUGAUGAACUUAUAAAAAAAAUCAGUUACAUCAUCCUUUUUUUCUUUUCAUAAUGUCAAGUAAGAAUUCUUCUAUCUAUUGAGAACAAAUAUUCUUCUAUCCAGGGAGAACCUUUAAUUUGAAGAAAGGGAAGCCAAAUCUACCACAGUAUAAUAAACUAGCAUGUAUUGCUAACAGUCGCAUAACUAAAUUUAAGAUUUAUAGAGAGUUACGACUAAAUUUGACCAUUUGAAAAUACACAACUACAACUAGAAUUGAAAGGUAUCCAAAUUCAAUUAUAGAAUCUACUUUGUAAGUGAAACCCAUUAGUGACUAAUGAGAGGGAAGGAAAGGCAUUGUAAUCUUGAAACCAUAUCAACCAACCUAGGACAUCAAAUCUUACACAGACAAAGCAUUUGGCUGGAACAUUUGCCGCUGGUCCAAAACCAAAGUGACAACUUACUUUAACUUUUGAAGUUGAAAGGAAAUUAAAAAAAAAAAAAUGAAAGAAGAGUAAGAAAGAUUUUGUGCUCAGAAUCAGCAUUUAUUUAUGUUGUCUAAUCUUAGAUUAAUCAGGGAUCAGGUACCAUUACAGGGUAGUUUUUGUCUCUGUUCUUUUUAUCUCAAUUAAUAAUGCAAAACCCCCAUUUCCUUCUAAUUAUUGUCUACCCCCAUCCCUCCCUCUUUAGGCUUUAUGUAUAAUAUACCCAUUCUUUUGAUGUUAAUUUUCUUGUCCAUAUUCUAAAUUCUACUCAAAUCUCUCUUUUACUUCUAUUCAAAUACCCCCACUUCCCCUCAAUAAUUUUCUUCUUCUUCUCUUGUUUGGCUAGAGGAAAAAUCUUUCUUGGGAGUGCUUGGUUUCUAACAGGGGGCUUGGGUUUUGUGAGGCUAAGAGAUUUUCAGUUCUUUUGAUGUUUUAUCCUGGUUCUUCUCAGAAGAUCCUCCAUGGGAAACCAAGCUUUUUGCAGCCAUGGACACUGUUCUUUGAUAUGCUCUUGUAUUUUGGUUUUUUGAGUGACUGGUAAGAUGCUUCGAAACUUCCUAAGAAUCCUAAAAGCUGUUUGAUUUAACUCUCAAAGAAUCAUCAUUCAUCAUCCUUUCUAGUUGAAGGCAGAUCAGGAAGAAUCAAAACAAAGCCCCCUUUUUACAAUUGAGCUUCGAUUAAGGUCCAGAGAAGAGAGAGCUAGAAGGUGUGAACAGAGAACACGAGGGUUUUAUUGGUUCAAGAUCUAAAAGUGAAUUACCUGACAGAAGCAAUCCUGUUGUUGCUUUGAAGUAAUUAGCAGCUCCUAUGACGAUGGAGUCCAAUCACCACCGUCCGCGCUCUCACCGCCUCCUCCUCGACGCCGACACGACGGCAGCACCGUCCAACGGAAGCAGAACGCGAAAUUCAUAUAACAACGAAGCCAAUUUCGAUACAAACAUGGUGAUAAUUCUUGCCGCUUUACUCUGCGCACUGAUUUGCGCUCUAGGAUUGAACUCAAUCGUCCGGUGCGCCCUCCGGUGCAGCCGACGGUUCGCCUUCGAAACAGGCGGCGGCACAGCCUCGCGUCUCACUGCUUCAGGGCUAAAGAAAAGCGCAUUACGCCAAAUUCCGGUCGCGGUAUACGGCUCGGAAACAGGCCUAGAGAUCCGAGAAACGGAUUGCCCUAUCUGCCUAGGAGAUUUCAUCGCCGGCGAGAAAAUCAAAGUACUCCCCAAAUGUAACCACGGAUUUCACGUUCGAUGUAUCGAUACCUGGUUAGCUUCCCACUCGUCGUGUCCGACAUGUCGUCAAUCACUGCUGGAACAACAGUCGGUUUCUGAAUCGGCGGGAGCAGAGGCCGGUAACCGACCCGCCGGAAAUUCAUCGGCUAGCGGGCAAGGUGAGAUCUCGAUAACAGUAGAUGAAAUUACCUGAUUUCAAGGGUUUGCAUAUUAUUUUCAUUUGCACAUAAAUAUUCUUUAAUUGUUUCAGUUUCCUUUUUAGCGUUUCUUAAGUAUUAAUAAUCUGGAUUAUACACUAAUUAAUACAAUUAGUGCUUAAUUAUGAGUUAUGUACAAUAAAUAACCGCAUAAUUUUCAAAUUUUAGGUUUCUUUUUUUUCCUUUUUGUUUUGUUACCACACCUGGUUGAGUGAGGAUUUCAACCUAAACUGGAGUUCACGAGGACAUAUGAUUUCUAGUGAUUUUUUUUUAUCCCAUAAUAACUUUAAAUA